AGAAGAAAUCCAAUUGGUUAUCCGAGUGGUGAUAUUAAGUCAGAGGCUAAGGGGGUUAGGUACAGCAGAGCACUUGUCAAAAAGGUCUAGGGUCGGUCCUUGACUAUUGUAUCCUCCUGUAUUUCUAUCAGCCCCUCUUCUUGCAUUCUUCUCCCUCUCUCAUACAUUCUCAAUUUCGAGGUCUAUAACCCGAAAACUUGAAGUUCAGUCAUAAUGUUAUCUUUAAUUGAGUUCAUCAAAGGGUCUAUCCGCCGACCACAGACAUAUUCAGCAGUAUCGUCUGACAACUUGGAGAAAUCAUCAAGGAUUUCUGAUGAUCAAACUCAAGACGGCCAGGAAGAUGCUCUUAUGGGAGAUGAGGCGCACUACCCUCUCUACCACCCACGUCGACGGUUUAGUAUCGUCACGGUUAUCACCGCAACGUGUGUUCUGAUUCUCACUGCCGUGGGCGCUUUCCUGUUCGGAAAAGCCUGGCAACCUCAUAUAGAUGAGAAAUGCAUGAGGCAUAGCUCGACCUACUCAACUAUUAUGGAGGAAAUCCCAAACCAGCUUCACGAGGUAAAGUUCAAUGGCACACUUGGAAAGAACUCAGAGUUCUCUGGGCAUUGGGGCGACCCGAAUGAAGACAUGGACCGCAACUGGAAUAAAUGGGGGUUCGUCAAAUAUGCCAGCUUCUCUCGCGAUGAGUUCGCAGCAAUGGGAAUGGACCUGGAAGGUUCUGCAAAAUUCACUGAGGAAUAUGGAGGAGGGUAUAUCGGGUUUCUCGAGAUUAGUCACCAGAUGCACUGCCUGAAUGUGAUUCGACAAGCGUACCAUAGAGAGUACUAUGAAAGACCAGAAAAUAAGAUCUGGGCAGAUUGGUUGAACGAUAACCCUGUCACCAUCAAAGUGCACAUCAACCACUGCUUUGAGAUGUUUAGACAGCUCAUCAUGUGCAAUGGCGACGUAGGAGUUAUUCCCCAUCACUGGGUCAAGGACAUCCAGGAUCCCUAUGCCAACUUCAACACGAUGCAUAAAUGCCGUGAUUUGGAUAGCAUAGGAAAUUGGAUUGAGGAGCACGAAGUGCCACAACCACCGGAAACUGGCUACCCCAUGCCUAAAGAUUCCAAGGUAUGGCCGAGGCCCCCGUAAGGGGCAACCGAACUUGGUCCGUCGGAGCUUGAGGAUACAAUUUAUCUAGGAUGUUGAGAUGUAGCCG